AUGGUGCAUAUUGAGCGCGCUGGCCAGAUACAAGAUGCUAGACUUUUCAACGGCCAACUAUGGCAUUUUACCGAUGGGCCCCUAGAAGAGGCGCGAGAUUCCGCGAUGACACUGGAAGUGAAGGGGAUUCAAUUCAGUCAUAGUCUAAACCAGCGGAGCGACCCUGCCACCCAGACGUGGUGUUACGGCUAUGAUGUCGAGGAAAUUGACACAGCCCGGUUAACGACUUCGGGCAACUACCGGUCCGCUCUUUCCCCGGAGCCCGCACACUACUAUUCUGUCUUCCGCUUAGUCCCCGGUUCCCCUGUCUCCCAUGAUUUCGACUAA